CGGUAAAAUGCCAAGAGAUAGCUAUAAAAGCGCAGUUUUUGGCAACAGGUAGUCAGAUUUGUUUCGCAAUCGAUCAGCACACACAUCCCCUUUCUAACCAUGAAGUUCGUGAUUGUUCUUGCCUGCCUUUUGGCCGUGGCUUUCGCCAACGAGGAGGCUGAUGUCCUGAAGAGCGACUCCGAGGUAAAUGUGCUGGACUUCAACUACGCCUACGAGCUGUCCAACCACAUCCGCGCCGUCCAAAAUGGCGCCCUGAAGGAGCACGACACCUGGGUAGUUUCCGGAGAAUACGAGUACGUGGCCCCCAACGGCAAGACCGUCAAGGUCGUGUACACCGCCGAUGAGACCGGCUACCACCCAAAAAUCGUCGAGGCCUAAUUUUGAGAACAUCUUUUCUUAAUCCGAAAUAAAAAUUAAAUUCCAUUGCAACAACGUA